CGUCACAAGGAGCCGUGCGGGUCGGAGAAAUGUCCCACCUGGGAAUCUGGAGACUGGAGCGAGUGCUCGGCGACGUGCGGUACCGGCAUCCAGACGCGGCCGCUGACGUGCAUUGACAGCCACGGCGCCUUCCUGGACGACAUGGCGUGCGACCCGCUGCGGCAGCCGCCUCUCACCCGGACGUGCACGGCGGCCGCGCCCUGCCCCGCGCUCAACUACAACUCCCUGCUCGGGUCUGGCGAAGACGACGAUGCAGAUGGUGCGUUCGAUUCGGACUUGGACCCGGACUCGGAUUACACCGACCCGCUGAUGAGGCCUUACCCACCCCUGAUGCCCGCUGUGGCGGAACGGCUUGUUGGAGGUGCGGGGGUGGGAGCGGGGCCCGCGGGAACGGGAGCGGCCAGCGACCGAUCCUUCGUCCCCGGGCCGUGGAGUGAGUGCUCGGCGACUUGCGGCGAGGGCGCGCAGCACCGGGAGGUGCACUGCCGCGUCUUCCUGGAGGGCACCAAGAACCGAGCGCGCAUCGACGACCGCGAGUGUCCCGGCCCGAAGCCUCCCGAGAAGCAACCCUGCCACGGACCGCCCUGCGUCAGCACGACUACGCGCAGGUUCGUGGUCGGGGAGUGGGGUCCGUGCUCGGUGAGCUGCGGGGAGGGCGUGCAGCGCCGAGAGGUGCACUGCAAGCUGUUCCUUGAGCUGUCCCGCGCCACUACCACGCUGAGGGCGCACCAGUGCCCUGGGCCACUCCCACACGACUCCAAGCCCUGCACUGUCGCGCUCUGUCCGCUCGCCAACACAUUGGACAGUCAACUCCUCGCUGACACGGCCGAGGCCCCCAGGGUCGGCGGUCCCAAAGGAACGUUCUCGUGGAAGGAGCAAGGCUUCAGAGAGUGCAGCAAAUCUUGCCUAGGAGGUGUGCAGGAGUCCAUCAUCCACUGCAUCCGGGACCAAGACGGCAAGUCGGUUACUCCGCAUCUGUGCAAAAUGGAACCCAAGCCCGAGACGCGCACGAGGACCUGCAACGACCAGCCGUGCCCGCCGCGCUGGAACUACACCGAGUUCUCCAAGUGCUCUGACGAGUGCGGCAUGGGCAUCAAGAUCCGGGACGUGUCGUGCAUCCACGAGGUGACCACAAACCAACAGAUCACCAUCGCCAACAGCCGCUGCCCGCAGCCCGAACCGCCCGCCCGCUCCUACUGCAACGUCCUGGACUGCCAGCCGGCCUGGAACGUGUCCGAUUGGAGCAAGUGCUCGCGACCCUGCGCGGGCGGGCUCAAGACCCGCACCGUGACCUGCACGCAGCGCAUGGCCCAGAACCACGUGGUCGCCCGGCCCGCCUCCAUGUGCCCCGAGCACCUGAAGCCCCAGGAGCGCCGGCCAUGCAACUCCAAGCCGUGCGGCCCCGACGACCACCGGCCAGCCAUUGCCGCCAACGACAACACAUUUGCAUACGAAGCCAAGCCCAAUCAGAAGCAGGUGUCCGUCAAGGUGGGCGGUUCCGCCUCUAUCUUCCUCGGCACCAGGCUCAAGAUACGCUGCCCCGUCAAGCGCUUUAACCGGGAUGAGGCAGAGAUUGACCAGUAUAGUUCAUUCGCGCUGACCUUUGAGAGGGGCUCGCUCGCCGGGGGCCCCCCGGGGGGGCUGGGUGGAGGCCAGGGCUGGCACGGCCACGGCCUCGGCUACGGCCCCUCCGGGGUGCCCCCAGUUGGCCGGCGCAAGCGUGCAUGGUGGAGUUUUGGCGGCGCGACGGAGGCCCCUACCACGCAGGCGACAGACGAUGCUAACGACUACGAUGAGGGCGAUGAGGGUCAGGAUGAGGAGGGCGAGGAAGAUGAAGCCGGGUCUAAGAUCGCGUGGCAAAAAGACGGCAAGCAGUUGCACCACUCUAAAAAGCACCACAUUUCCAACAAGGGCGUCCUCAGGAUAAUGGACGCCACGAUGCAGGACAGUGGCCGCUACAGCUGUGUCGCGGGCCAGUCCUCAGCGGACCUGAUCGUCGUCGUGAAGAAUAGGCCGGGCGAGUUCCUCAGUAGUGAGGAGAUACCCCUCGGGCAGCCUCCACAGCAGCAUCCGCGUCACCGGGACCGUCAGGGGGAUACCGGGCGGGUUUUUCCGGGUGCGGGGGACGACAUUAGUCACGAAGUUUCACCAACUGGAACUUCACGUUACAACAUGAGGAAGAAGACAACGCCGCCCCCCGAGACCCGAUACCAGAACUCUUACAACGACCGCGAUCAGAACGCCUACAACAACUACAACAGUUACGGCCAGUCCUCCCGCACGCCGGGGAGGACGACGGACGACUACCCGUCGACGUACACCAACGGCAACGGCUGGAACCCGGGUGGCCCCGGUGAGGACGAGUCCAACGUCAUCUACCCGGACCCGACGGCCACCUCGGCCGCCGCGAGGACCGCGCCGCCUUUCCACGGGCUGCUGCGACACCUCCAGACGGUGGCGGCCUUCUCCUUCAUCAGACAGGUGCUGUCCGACCGGGUGUCGACGCUGCCGCCGCUACUGUCCCAGCUCGAGCAGCGGCCUGACCCGGGCGCCCCGGCGGCCCAGACCCAGGGCGCGCAGAGGCCGGCACUGCUCGUGGAGAAGGACCCGGAUGACGCCACCACGGAGCAGGCAGGCGGUGCGGGAGUGCUGCUCGGGAAAGGCUCCGCCGCGGCCGCCGACCUGCGCUUCGAGUGGGUCAUCACGCCGUGGUCCGACUGCUCCGAGUCGUGCGGCGGCAACGGCUUCCAGCUGCGUGGCGCGCAGUGCACGGUGCGCUCGGGUCGCGGCGCCGCGCCCCCCAGCGCCGGCCCCGCCGCCAGCCCCGCCGCCAGCACGCAGACCGUGGACGCCAUGCUCUGCGAGGACGCAGGCCAGCCCGCGCCCACCACCUUCCAGCGCUGCGGCACCGAGGACUGCCCGCGCUGGGUCGCGGGCGAGUGGUCCACCUGCGAGGACAGUCGUUGCUUCGACUGGAACACGGCUAUGCAGCGUAGAGACGUUGAGUGCAAGUUGCCUAAUGAUACAGUGGUAGAACCCACCCUGUGCGACGAGUCGGAGAAGCCCCCUGUCCGACUUGAGUGUUACAACGACCGCUGCAAGGGAACGUGGAGAGUCGGCGAGUGGUCAGAGUGUGCAGCAAGAUGCGGCACAUCCGGAGUGAAACAUCGCAUUCUCCAGUGCGUGUGGUUUGGGACGAAGAAGGCAGCCGGCAACGCUUGCCGCGAACAGCCUCGCCCUGUCGUCAUGAAGUCCUGCAAGGUUCCUCCGUGUGGGCAAGGGGGGGAAUGUCGAGACGAGUCUCAGUACUGCACAACAGUUCGAGCUAUGAAUCUCUGCAGGUUACAACGAUACCAAACACAAUGCUGCCUUUCUUGUCAAUCAAAUCGUGGCUAAAUAGAUUCCUGACAAAAACUGGAGUGUACUGACUGCAAUAAAAUCGUAAUACUAUUUAAAGUAAUAACAAUCAUGCCUAUAAGGUAUUGUAAGCCUCAUUACAUCUACAAAAAAUAGCAUUAAGGUUGUAUAUAAUAAUUUUAAGUUCUAGUACAAUAAUAUCCGUAUGAUUUCUUGUUUUAAAGCCUUUCUGUGUUCAUCAUAGCAGAUUAUGAAUUAUUUUUUUUGUUCCUCAGUCUGUGGCAACCUGUGUUAAAACAGUCUAGAUAGCUACUUGUUUACAGCAUAGCAGCAUCUGCCUUUGUGAAAAUUAUCAUAGCUUACAGAAUACUGUUCUAAUUUUUCUCAUCGCACCAAUAUUUUCACCCUGAAGUUCUACUCAGAGGGAUAAAAAUCCAAUCAUUUCAAUCUGUCAAGUUUUAUGAUUUUCGUAAACGAAUGUACAAAAUAUCUAGACAAAUUAAGAGCUUCAACUGUUAUAAGGUGUACGUAAUUGGAUUCCACGCAAUAAGUGUUUAAUGUUUUCUUGUGAUUUUUUUAAUUUUUUUUUUUGUAUUUACAACCGCAUUUUUUAAAAAAUUAUCCUGCAUAUGGAACUGGAAAGUGAGAAGAUAGAAACCCCUUUAGUUGUGACCAGAACAUUUGACUACGAAUGGGUUUGUUUCACGUUUAGUGAAUAAGCAAGUAAACGAAUUCCACCGCCGAUGCGUUAAAAGCCCCCGUAAAAGAAACAACGCUUAAAAUGACAGUUUUUGUGUGACAUUCACAUAAUUUAUCAAAAAUGUAGCUUAUUUUAUGCCAUUUAAUUUUGUUGUCGAACAUUUCUGAUUUAAUCUUAAAACGAAAGGCAGUACAUUUGAAAAUCACAGUCGUCAGCAGCCCUCACAAAAACAUAAACAUCCUUCGAGUUAGCGCGAGGGAAGAUUAAGCGUCAAACGUUCUGUUGCCUAAAGUUCCUGCCUUCAGGCGAUCUGGGGCCGGCUACUGUUUUCUCACAUCUGUGAAAUUGCUCUUUAUUGUUUGAUCAGGUUGUAUUUGGCGUUCAGGUUUUUGUUAAAUGUCAACGAUACACCCGAAUUAUCUCAAAUUUGUAUGAACGGAUUGACAUGAGACUCAUGUCGAACUGCUUCUGAUUAUUUUUUUUUAUUUAUUAAUUUUCCAUUUAAAAAAUCAGAGUUGCUUGGGUGGGUCUAGGGACUGCCACAUGGUUAGAGAACGAUAAAUAGCGCCAAUGAGCGGAUAAUAGCUUCCUUUAUCGGGGCGUAAAACUAAGACCGCGGGCGCGGACAAAAGGCCUCUGUCUGGGCCUUAAAAGAACAUAUCUGUUGAUAGAUUGAGAAUAGUUAAAUAGGUGGAUUUCAGAUUGAAUUUAAGCUAUUUUGAUUCUUUAUUUAGAGUCCUAAAUUUAUGUAUACCUAUAAGAAAUUCUUAUGAAAGUAAACUGAUCUUUUCACUUAGUGGCUUUUGUACACUAGUCUCACAAAUUUGAGAGAAGUACCACUGUAAACUUGAAUUAUUUUAAAGAAAAGAUGUAUGUUCCUCGUUUUUUUUUUUUAAAUUGAAAAAAUAUCUAUAAAAGUGAAUGGACGCGAUUUACUGAAUGUUUUCAGCCAAUGAGGUGAGGUCUUGCACAUUUGUAAAUAUAAUAUAAAUUUGCUGAGCAGUACAUUUUUCAACCUCUUCCAUGAACCACUGUUAAACAUCAGUUAAAUCAGCCUAUAGACUCACAUUAGCUACCUACAAAGAAAAAUGGCUCUGCUGGUUGGGGAAAUAUUACAAGAUUACUUAUUUAUACUAUGUACUACAAAAUUAUUCUUACCAGCUUGUAUUGUAUAUGUUAAUGACAAUGAAAGUAUUCCUCUAUUGUAAAUCAUUCCAAAGCUCCCGCCAACAGAAACAUGUGUUGCGGUGUAUGGUAUAGUAAAAGUAUUUAUUACAAUAAUACAUAUGAUCAUAAGGGCCAUGAACGUUUUAAGUUCCGAUCACUAUGUGACCCAGGUAAAAUGUUAAGUUUACUAUCCUGAUGUAAUACUUACCAUAAUUCACAAUUCCAUUAUUUAUGCCAUGUUCACGAUGGACUUUCUUAUGUUCUGUCAGAUCUUCAGUUGGCUUAUGUCGUAUAUGGUUUUUUAUGGGUGUUUACGGUGGUCUGUGAACGUUACGUACACCUUACGUACAAACCUUACACUGAAAACUGCUUGCAAAUAAUAGGUUCCUAUUGCAAACGAUUUCUUUUGCGGCUCGUAAAGAAUUGUGGAGCAUUUUAAUACGAAGUAGCUGUUCACAGUCUUGCAAACUAUUUCUUUGCAAUGCGAACACAUUGUUGCCAAGGAUCCUGACAGUUUGCAAAAAAUUGUUUUCGUCAGAACAAACUGAUUCUUUGCAAUGAAAACCUAGAAAAUUCUUUGCAACGUUGCAAAGAAUAUAGUUUACGAGCAUUUUACAGUGUUAAAAGAAUAUACUUGGAAGUAUAUAAUCAUUCGUUUCAGAUUUAACUAUUUAGAUAUAUUUUCAAAUAAUAAUUUGCUAUCAAAUAUUUGUAUGGCAGCCGAGGUUUUAACAAGUCUAAAUCCAGCAUUUGCUUUCGAGGUUGGGUUUUCACGGUUUCGCAUUAGUUCUCGUGGUUCUCAUGGGCAACCAGCAUCCUGUUACCCUUGUGUUAUGUAGCAAGGUUUCCUGUGUUUAUUAACCAAAUUUAAUAGUUCGCUGAUGUUGCACCUUGUGGAGCCUCGUAAACAUCCCAUUCGAGAUAACAUAUAUAUCAGACAUAACUAAGAAAAUCCAUCAAAAACCCGGCAUAAGAGUGUAAAGACAACUGAUCAUUUUUGUAAUCUCUACAAGCCGACAAAUGAAAUAACUCCUUGAGUGACGAAAGUAGAAGUUCCUUUCUUAUCACAUCAAUGAACAUGAGCUCUUUUGAAAGGGUUACCAAGUCGAACACUACUUGCAAAAAAUUAGAAACGCCUUCAUACAAAAUACUCUAUUUAACAUGGUUGUUAAGUUUUAUUUUCAAAUAAAUCAAGUUGAUUGUCUCA